AUUGGUUCCAAGAGACGUCGAAUCCGUAGUGGCGUUGACUGAAGAUAGGGUGAAUCCCACGCUGUGCCCACUCAACGAUACUGCUGUCAUGUUUGCUGCGCACUUUCGAAGCAUUCGAUCACAAAUACGUAAGCACUACACACACUAGAUUUAAAUAAAAUUCCGUGUAGGAUACGUUGAUAAUUAUUCGAGUGGCGGAAGAGCUUACGCGUGUGAAAUAUUGUCUUUAAAUGAGAGUUUUAUAAAUAAAUCUUGACGUCGGUCACCGUGGCUCAGAAGAUGGCAAGUUUUCAACAACAGUGUGAACCAUCACGAAGCACGGUAUCAAUGGAUUCUAUUGAACCUGCAAGUUUGUUGGAGGCUAAUAUCAGAGCUGGCAUAACUGAUGAAAAUCAUCUUCGAAGUCUCGGCUUCAUUAUGAAUGAUGGUAGGCCAAGGUUCAAGAUAGAUGAACCUGUAGGCAACGGGGUAAAUUCGAAUACUCUAGGAUCUGGGUUUAACGCAAUUCGAUCAACUUCUAAUUCUAUAGACCCAGAUGACGAAUCCUUUGUGGUAUUGGGUAAAGAUUCGUUGAGCUCGAUUCGAGCCUCAUCUUUAGCAUCACUUGCCCAGAUUCAACAGAAAAGCUCAACAGCUGACUACAAUUCAGUAAUUUCUUCCUUAACUGCUGAGGAAACUGAGAAGAAGCUCAAAGAACUGUUACAGGAAAAUAUCAAGCUUAAGGAAACUCUGCAACAGAACAAUUUGGCUAUGAAACAACAAUUCAAUACCAUUGCUGCUUGGCAAGAAGAAAUAUCUAAAGUUCAUCAGAGCCACAAGCAAAAAUUCAGUGAAACUAAGGAACUAAUCAACCAGUUGAAAAAAGAAAACUCCGAUCUAAAGAUGAAGGCUUUUCAAGGUUCGGGAACCAGCACCGAUCUUGAUUUAAAGGUGAGAGAUUUAGAGGCCAAGUUGACAGAAUCUGUAGAAGCUCAAAACUUGGUGCAAUCAGCAAGAGAACUUGAACUUCAAGAGCUGAAUUCGAAACUAUCGAAGGAGUUGGCUGAUUCAAAAUUAGCUUGUGGAGUCUUAACUGCUGAUGUACAGCGUCAUAUGGCUUUAUCAACUCGUCUUUGUCAGCAACUGAAACAGGCUGAUGUAACCAUUGAAGGAUUGAAACUGGAUGUGGAAAAACUAGAGUUAAAUUUGAAAGAAAAAGAAGAACUGAGCAGCCUUGCAGACUUCAGUUUAAUCGCUAUGACAUCAAAGCAAGCACAAGCGUCAGAUAUGGGCAAGGAAAAAGCCCAGGAACGUGAAGAAGAAAAUAAACGUCUUAGAGAAUUGAUCUCUUCGUUAGAGCAACAAUUAAAUGUUACCUGUCAAACCUCAUUGCCACCAAUUGAAAUUCAGACAGCUAAUCCUCGCAACCAGGCACUAUCGGAAGAUCAUCUUCAGUUUCUGCAGAAUGUUAAGCAAUAUAAUGAUAUAUUGCAGAGAGUAUCAGAAUGUUGGGGCCAGCAAGGCACGCGUCACAUUACUGUACAAGAAUCUCUGCAGGAAGCUAUCGGUAUACUACAAGAUUUAGAAAAAGCGAGAGGGAACGAACAGGUUUUUGUUGAAAAGCAAGACAAGUUAGUGACGUGUAGAGUCAGAUUGAAUGAUGAGCGAUUACAAAUGAUGAAUGAAAGGCAAGAAAUGAUAAAAGCUCAGAGCCAAUUUCAAAAAGUUUUUUCCGAUUAUAAUUCUGUUCUUUACGAGCUGGAAAUUAUGCACGAAGAAAAUGCGAAGCUGAGCUGUUCCCAGAAUAAAAAUAUUGAAGUGUCUGUAGAAGAACAUGUUCUGCGAAAAUCACCUGUGAAUAAAAACGAAGAUUCAGCUAGAAAUAAAAAAUUGAUAGAAGAAGCUAACACCGAUAUCUUGUCAGGAACAAUUACUCUUGCUAAGGAAAUAGAAGCCAAAAAUGCAUUACAAACUGAGUGCAGCAGUCUUGGGCAGACUCUUGCUCAAUUAAAAAUAGCAAAAGAAGCAGAACAGCAAAGGUUCUUGGCAGAAAAGAAACAUUUACAAAAAGUUGUUCAGGAACUAGAAGCCAAAAACAAAAACUUGGAAGAAAGUUUGAAAUUGAAUGCCGAAGUAGUUGACCGCUUGCAAAGAGAUAUUGCUUCCUUAAAGAAACAAAAUGAAAGAAUUCCACACAUAGAAGCUCAAGUGCAGAUUUACGAGGAAGAUUUUAAAGAAGAAAGAGAAGCCAGGCAGAGAUCGGUGCAGGAGAAAGAGAAGCUUCUGACUGAACUCAAAAAUUUGCAAAAACUUCACAUGGAUUUAGUAGCUACUCUUCAAGGGCAACGAGCAUCUGCACCACACCUACAACAGCAGAGCCAACAACAGCAAAGCCAGUGGCAAUCACUUUCCCGUCCGGAGUUCCAAACCGAAAGGGAUUCGGAAGUGUCUGUAUCAACCCCUGUAAUCACAGCAUUCUCAUGUCCAAAGUGCAGCCUGUCUUUCAAAGCUAUGAGACCUCUACAGGAACACGUCGAAGCAUGCUUGGAACUCCAAUGACAGUCUUUUGACUUUCCACAAAAUCUAGCUCCAGAGCCAGUAUUGUCCAGCUUGUCAAGAUUAUACCAACCCUGGCGAGUGGCAUGGAUGGGGCUUCUGUCAGGCCAUUGACUAAAGACGUCGAUCAUUGGCGAUUAACCGAUUGCUAGAUUGCUUCCUGGAAAAUUGUACAAGCAAAUUUUCUUAAUCAAGAUUUACUUAUGGUAUAUAAGCUUUACGGAAAAAUUAAGUUUUACCAAACUAUUCGGAUAUUAUAAAUGUAUUAAAAUGUAUUAUUUAAUUAGGAUGAUCAUUCACGUUUAUUUCUGUAAAGACGACGUUUUUGACUGAAAAUAAUGUACAUCUUUUCUUCUUCAUCGAUAAGGUAAGACAUGCUUAUCGUAAUUUCUUGUAAAAACUGUAAUCAAAUGAAAAAGAAAGAAUGUUUAUUUUUAACAAUGAAUUAUAUCUAUCCAUGUGACAAUAAUAAAAAAUGUACCGUUUCCAAGA